AUGAGCCACAACUUCUUAGUGCUGAAAGAGAUUGUGGACCAGAUGAGCUCCCGCGAUCGGCUUUCAUCCGAGCCCGCCGAGUCCCUUGCAAAAAUGUGUGUUGGCUGGUACCAGAAGCAUAAGAACCACUACCAGAGCAAUGCAAACCAUGAUGCUGUGGUUUGGGCUUUCAAGGAUGCCUGGAUCCUGCACAAGAUGUUUACACUGCUCCGUACCAAAGUCAUGCGGCCAGAAAAACCUCGAGACGACAAGGUGAAGCAGCUGUUUGAAGUGCUCCAUGAAGUGAAGAAGAGACAGAAGGCAGCAGCCCUCGAGCAAGGGGCUCCUCUGGCAGAGGAUGAGUACCAGGAUGUGGACGACGGCGCCGAUGCUGAUGGGCCUGUGGCUCUUGAUGAGGGUCAUGGGGCUGAGGCUCUUGAUGAGGGUCCUGGGGCUGAGGCUCUUGAUGAGGGUCCUGGGGCUGAGGCUCUUGGUGAGGAUCCCGAUGGGGCUGAGGCUCUUGGUGAGGGUCCCGAUGGGGCUGAGGUGGUUGAUCGGGCAAGCUUGACAAGGGAUCAGAAGAUUGCUUUGGAUAGCGCGAAGGCAGGCUACCGCUUGGCCCAUACAAUCACUGAGACUUGGACGGAGGAGCACAUGCCCGACAGUCCACCUGAGGAUCCUGAUCCUUUAGCUUCGCUUGGCUUGCAAACUCAGAAAACCUUUCUGGAUGCUGAUGGCGAUGAUGUAGAUGAAGCUGUCUGCACAAUUGAAUCAAGCCCUGAAGUUGAAGUUUCAUCAUCCUCAUCGGCUGUGCCCUCUGUGAUCACCCGCUUUGGCUCCCACAUGCCGAAGAACCCCGACCAGGAGGAUACCUAUGUGCCAGAGAACAGCCCCGAUCUCAAGCAGGCAAUGGUGGCAACCGAGGGGGAUGUGCCACAGAACAGCCCGGACCUGAAGCAGGCAAUGAUGGCAACCCAGGGGGAUGUGCCAGAGAACAGCCCUGACCUGAAGCAGCAGGCAAUGGUGGCAACCGAGGGGGAUGUGGGUGAGAACAGCCAUCACCUGAAGCAGGCAAUGGUGGCAACCGAAGUGGAUGUGCUAGAGAACAGCUCGGCUAUGGGGAAAGCUGCACCUGGCAUGGAUGAUGCAGUGUCACCUUUGCAGGCCCCUGCAACGAAAGAUGAUCAGAUGCGAUUGAUUCUUGAAGCCCGCAAAAACAAGAAAGCAAAGGCCGCCAACAAGGCCAUUGCAGCUGAUGGCAAGCAGAAGCCUCCAAAAUCCAAGGAUCCAGAGGAAGCCAAGCCAGCUAAGCAAGGAGCCAAGUCCAAGAAAGCAAAGGAAGCAGCUGCCCACGAUGAGGAACCCAAGCCCAAGCGCAAGCGAGAACCCAAGUCCAAGGAAGCAUCCGCAGGUGAUCCGAAGCCGAAGGCCAAGCCAGGACCUAAGGCUAGCACUGACAAUGAGGAACCCAAGCCCAAGCGAGGAACCAAGUCCAAGGAAGCAAAGGAAGCAGCUGCCAACGAUCAGGAACCCAAGCCCAAGCGCAAGCGAGAACCCAUGUCCAAGGAAGCAGCUACCGACGAUGAUCAGGAACCCAAGCCAAAAGCUAAGGCUAAGGCCAAGGGUGGAGCCAUGAAGAAGCCAGCUGCUUUGAGGCCAGCAGUGCCAGAAAACGAUGCACCGGUGCAGGCACCCAAGGGUCAGGAGCAAGAGGAGCUGCCCCACACGUUUGCAAGACGAGCGAUGCCCACCGGUGCCCACGGCAUUAACAAGUUUCGGCGCAUUGUGGGGUCGUUCAAGGAGCUUGUGCUGCCAAAGCUGAAGAGUGGCCAGAGGUGUUCGGCCGAGGUGUUUGCCUCUCUGCGGGGCAAGCGGAAAGCUGCAAAGAUCCUGGCCUUCGCCUGCUUGCUCCUCCUCUGGAACCAGGAAGUGGAUCUGCGCACGGAGGUGUUCUCCUAUGGCUUUGUGGAGAGCUUUGCUGGCAAUGCCGAGGCCACCAAGCAGGGCCUUUCUGACAGCCACGCUGCGUGGGGACAGACGUGGAUAUCUACAUUGGCUGGGAGUGCAUUGUAG